GGACAGGGGCCCGUGAUGGGCUAUUCCCCCAACACCCUACUAUUUAGAGGUGGGAAUGCGCUAACACCCAGCCCCCUCUACACACCUGCUCCUCUCCUUCUGUGCCCCUGUGACAGACUGAUCAGUGCUCCUCUUGACUUUGUCCACUGCUUCACCACAGUUCAACAUCCGUUUUACAACUGGUGCGUUUUGUCGAUGGCGGAGGGUGUGCGCCCUGAGGACUAUUGUGAUGAGCCGGCGGAAGACGAGUUUGGAGAAAUCAUCAAGUGUCGAUCUGAUGAAAGAGAAGACGUUCAGAAGAAGACUUUCACAAAAUGGGUAAACUCACAAUUGGCUAAGACAGGGAAGCCACCUGUGGAGGACCUGUUCUCAGACCUGUGUGAUGGGCGACGCCUGCUAGAGCUGCUGGAGGGACUAACAGGACAUGAGCUGGUGAAGUUGGAAAGGGGAUUCACGCGUGUUCACUCACUAAACAAUGUCAACCGAGCUCUGCAGAUCUUACAGAAGAACAAUGUGGAAUUAGUGAAUAUUGGGGCAGCGGACAUUGUCGAUGGGAAUCACAAACUGAUUCUUGGGCUCAUCUGGAGCAUCAUUCUCCACUGGCAGGUUAAGGAUGUGAUGAAAGAUGUGAUGGAGGGCCUACAGCAGACUAACAGUGAGAAGAUUCUGCUGAGUUGGGUUCGUCAGAAUACACGCCAGUAUCCUCAGGUAUGUUCCUUUUCUCAGUCUUAACUGGAUCAUGUUUGAAUAGCUGUCUUCCAUAGUUACUACAGUUACUACCCUGUAACUGAGUGCUCAAGUACAUGUAAGUAAUGGCAGUCUCCACUUUCAAAUUUAUUCUAUCUUCAUAGAGUAUGAAAGAAAGGUCUUUAGUACUCUGGGGGGCUGGGGAUGGCCCGGGUCUCAAGGGUCUGCCUCUGGCUCCCGGAGGACUGUUAUUGUGUCUACUCACCCUCCUUAUGAAGUCCAUCUGUUGACAAAGACAGAUACAAUAUAUAUUUUUCUCUUCCAGGUUCUGCUUGUUGUUGUGUUAACUUUCCUCCUUUUUUCCCCCUUUGUUUUUUCUUUCUGUCCCUUUUUUCACUUUCCCUGUAUGUCAGCUUUGACAUUCUUAAAUUGCACGUAUAGUGUGAGUAAUAAUAGAAAUAAUAAUAAGACAAAUUAGUAAAUAAACAGAUUAAAAAGAAUAACAA